GAGUGGGGAGGAAUAAUCACAGGGACAUAGCAAAGGCUGCAAAGAGGGAGUUUGCAAGGAUGGCAACUCUGGUGGAGCCAGGACCGGACAUCCAACCUUCAAACAGCAUCCUGAAUCCAUCUUCGACCUCCCCCAGCCUAUCUCACAGGUUCCUUGACAAUAAAUUUUACCUGCUGGUGGUGAUUGGAGAAAUAGUGACAGAGGACCACCUAAGAUGUGCCAUCGCUAAUAUAGAAAGAGGAAUCCGGUCAUGGGACACAGAUCUGAUUCAAUGUAAUUUAGAUCAAGAACUUAAACUUUUUGUAUCACGUCACUCUGCCAGAUUCUCUCCAGAAGUUAGAGGGCAAAAAAUUCUUCACCACCGAAGUGAUGUCUUAGAAACUGUAGUUUUGAUGAACCCAUCCGAUGAAGCUGUCAGUACAGAAGUGCGCUUGAUGAUCACAGAUGCUGCAAGGCACAAGCUUCUAGUGCUGACUGGACAGUGCUUUGAGAAUACGGGGGAGCUUAUUCUUCAGUCUGGAUCUUUCUCCUUCCAAAACUUCAUUGAGAUAUUCACAGACCAAGAGAUUGGUGAACUACUGAGUACCACACAUCCUGCAAACAAGGCAAGUGUGACCCUGUUUUGCCCUGAAGAAGGAUACUGGAAAAAUUCUAAUCUGGAGAGACACAAUCUUCAAGAUUUCAUAAACAUCAAACUUAAUUCUGCACCAAUCUUGCCUGAAAUGGAGGGACUUUCUGAAUUUACUGAGUACCUGUCAGAAUCUGUAGAAAUACCUUCUCUUUUUGAUAUUCUGGAGCCACCAACCUCUGGGGGCUUUUUGAAGCUCUCAAAGCCAUGCUGCUACAUCUUCCCAGGUGGCAGAGGAGAUUCUGCCUUGUUUGCAGUAAAUGGCUUUAAUAUGCUUAUUAAUGGUGGAUCCGAGAGAAAGUCUUGCUUUUGGAAACUCAUCAGACAUUUAGACAGAGUCGACUCUAUCUUGCUUACCCACAUUGGGGAUGACAAUUUGCCUGGAAUUAAUAGUAUGUUGCAAAGGAAAAUAUCAGAAUUUGAAGAGGAACAGUCUCAGGGCUCAACAACUAACAGUGACUGGAUGAAAAACCUUAUUUCGCCUGACCUAGGAGUUGUGUUUUUAAAUGUUCCGGAAAAUAUGAAAAAUCCAGAACCCAACUUUAAAGUGAGAAGAAGUAUUGAGGAAGCUUGCUUUACUCUUCAAUACUUAAAUAAAUUAUCAAUGAAACCAGAACCGCUCUUCAGAAAUGUGGGUAACACAAUUGAUCCUAUCAUUCUAUUCCAAAAAAUGGGUGUUGGAAAACUUGAGAUGUAUGUGUUGAACCCAGUGAAAGGCAGCAAAGAAACACAAAAUUUUAUGCAGCAGUGGACGGGCAACAAUAAAGAAAAGGCAGGCCUUGUGUUACCUAAUGGACAAGAAGUUGAAGUUCCUGUAAACUAUUUAACAUCCAUUUCAUCUUUGAUUGUAUGGCAUCCAGCAAAUCCUUCAGAAAAAAUAGUGAGGGUUCUCUUUCCUGGAAAUACAACCCAGUAUCAAAUCCUUGAAGGCCUAGAGAAACUGAAACAUCUAGAUUUCCUGAAACAACCUAUAAUCACACAGAAAGAUUUAACUGAUAGUAUCUCAAGUCCUGCGGUAAAACAAGCAAAAUUGAAACAAAGAGCAGAAAGCAAAGAGAGUUUGAAGAUGUCCACAAAAACAACAUCUAGUAAGACCGUCAAAAAGGAAUCCAAGGAUGAAUCAUCUGAAGCCUUGAAGAGUUCUCAGCCUGAUAAAACUCAAAAAUCAGAGAGCAAAGAAAAAGUUAUAGCAAAGAAAGCGCCAAAACCAGAAAGCAAACCUGUGCCAGAAAAAAAUGUAUUAAACAAAGAAGAUGCAAUAAUUAAACCAGAAUCUGCAGAGAAACAAAAAACAGAGGUCAAACCUAAAGUUGUGAAAGAAAAAGCAACAAAAAAAGAAGUAAAGCCAAAAUCUGGGGAUGUCAAAGACGAGAAAGAAAAAUCCAAGAAAGAUGCUCCAAAAAAAGAGGAGAAGGCACCAAUUAAAAAGGAAGACAAGCCCAAAAAAGAGGUGAAGAAAGAUACAAAGAAAGAAGACAAACAUGAGCUGAAAAAAGAUGUCAAGAAAGAAACACCUCAGAAAGACUUAAAAAGAGAUGAAAAGAAAGAAGUGAAAAAAGAGGACAAAGAAAAGAAAGAAGAGAAGGAGACAAAAAAAGAAGCCAAGAAGCCUUCAAAGGAGGUCAAGAAAGUACCUGCUUCCUCUUCAGAGUUAAAAAAGUCUGCUGGAAAACCCAAAGUGCAAAAGAAAGAUGACGUUGCAAAAAAGGAAACUGUGACUCUGAGUAAAACAAAGGAUAAGAGUAAAGUAAUCAAGAAAGAAACCAAAGUAACUGAAAAGAAGGCUUUGGGAGCUGCUGCAACUGCUGCUUCUACUGCAGCUGUAUCUGCUGCUGCUGCUACUGCUGUGGCUUCCACAGCUGCAGCUGCUGGAAGCAUAAGUGACCUUGUGGCAGAGAGGUCCCUUAUGUCAUCACCAGAAGAUUUAACAAAAGAUUUUGAAGACCUCAGAGAUGAAGAGUUUGUAUUAAAUAGUGUGAAGCCACAGAUUUUGCCUUCUAGUGAUGAAGCUGAUUUAGUACAGAAUGAAUCUUAUAUUAUAAAAAAAGAUACUAGUAGUGAGGAACCUGCCGAUUCUCCCGAUGAAGGUAUAACCACUACAGAAGGUGAAUGUGAACAGACCCCAGAAGAAUUAGAGGUAACAGAAAAACCAAGAGUUGAUGAGACAGAAAGAUUUGAAGAUGAAGGAACUGGCCUUGAGGAGACAUCUGAAGCUGGUGAUUAUGAAGAAAAAGCAGAGACAGAAGAUGUUGAGGAGCAAGUUGAAGAUAUCGAAGACCAACCAGCAAAUGAAACUGCUGAAGCUGAUGAAACAGAAGAAGAGGCUGACACUGAUGUUUAUGAGCAUAUUAAAGGCAAGCUUGGCAGCCAUGAAUAUAUUACUGAUUCUGAUGUAGCAGAUGAACAAGCUGAAGAAGAUAUUGAUGAAAGUGUUGAAAAGGGGGAAGCUGAAGAAACAGAAGAAGAGUUGGAGGAAGACAAAACAGAUGAUACAAAAGAGGCUUAUAAUUCCAUUUUAAAAGACCAAUCAGAAUUCAUCAGUGACGUAGAAGAUAAAUAUAUGUUUUCUGCUACACCAUCUAAGACAUCUGAGCCUCAGUCGCCAGCUGUUGAACCAGGAUCCUCUAUUCACAAUGAAACAUUGCCAGGAGGUUCAGAGAGUGAAGCAACUGUCUCUGAUGAAGAAAACAGAGAAGACCAACAUGAGGAGUUUACUGCUACCUCAGGUUUCACUCAUUCCACCAUUGAAAUUUCCAGUGAACCAACUCCAAUGGAUGACAUGUCAACUCCCAGAGAUGUGAUGAGUGAUGAAACAAACAACGAGGAAACUGAAUCGCCCUCUCAAGAGUAUGUCAACAUUACCAAGUAUGAAGCUAGCCUGUACUCCCAGGAAUAUGACAGAAGCAAAAUAUCACCCCUACCAGAUGUCUUGAAUGGUUUUUCUGAUGCCUCAAAAACAGAUGCCACAGAUGGCAAAGAAUACACUGCUACAGCCUCUACUAUCUCUCCAACAUCGUCCUUAGAAGAGGACAAAUUUUGUAAGUCAUCCUUACGGGAUGCAUACAUCCAUGACAAAACUGAUGUAAAAAGUCCUUCAAGACUGGAAAUAAAUGAUGACUUUGAGCUUGAUGAAAAGCAAAGUCCAAGUAAAAGUCCAGCCCCCCCGUCUCCCAUUUCCAGAACACCAUUAAGUGAGAGAAGUGUUAACUUUGACCUGACUCCAAAUGAAAUUAAAACAUCAGAUCUUGGGGUUUUACCACCUUUACCAGAUGAAGUCCAUGAACUCAGUGAACACUGUCCUAGUCCAGAUGACAAAACCCUGGAAGUUGCUUCCCCUUCACAAUCAGCUGCAGGAAGUGCAGGCCACACACCUUACUAUCAGUCACCAACCGAUGAGAAAUCUGCAAACCUUACCUCAGAAACAAUAGGAAAAACUUCUGUUCCUGUUGUGUUCGAGUUUUGUGAUAGCAAAGAAAAGAGUGAAAGCCCGAGAAUAAGUCCAAUGGAUGAACCAGUUCCAGACUCUGAAUCUCCAAUAGAGAAGGUUUUAUCACCAUUACGUAGUCCACCAUUGAUUGGCUCAGAAACAUCAUAUGAAAUGUUUUUGACUGCCAAUGGUAGGUCACCAUCUGCACAUAGUGAUAUUGCUGGUGAAGAACAUUCUUCUUCACGUGUUAGCCCAUCAUUAGAAUUGAUAUCUGGUGGUGCUGACCAACAAGAUCAUGAAAGGCAGUACUUGUCAAACAAAGGAUUCAGUCCUGAAGCAACAGAUUUUGAUAAUAAAACUGUGGAUUCUAGUGUAAUGGAUAGGGGGAAACUUGCAAGUGAAUUUUCUCCUACUCAGAUCAACACAAACCCAUUUAUCUUAUUCAAAGAGGACACUAAGAUGUCUAUUUCAGAAGGUACUGCAUCCGAUAAGUCAGCUACUCCAGUAGACGAAGUUGUAGCAGAUGACACAUAUUCUCAUAUAGAAGGUGUAGCCUCUGUUUCCACAGCUUCUGUUGCUACUAGUUCAUUCCCAGAACCAACCACAGAUGAUGCAUCUCCCUCUCUACAUGCUGAAGUUGGAUCACCACAUUCUACAGAAGUUGAUGAUUCAUUGUCUGUCUCCGUUGUCCAGACACCAACCACAUUCCAGGAGACAGAAAUAUCCCCAUCGAGAGAGGAGUGCCCACGCCCAAUGUCAAUUUCUCCCCCAGAUUUCUCACCACGAAUAGGAAAGUCUGCUGUUCCACUUCAGGAGCAGAGAUCACCAGAACAAUCCACUAUGGAGUUUAGUCAGGAAUCACCUGAGCAAUCAUUUGCUAUGGAUUUUAGUAGACAAUCUCCAGAGCACCCUGCAGUAGCUUCAAAUAUGCUCCAUAUAUCAGAAAAUGGACCUACUGAAGUCGAUUACAGCCCUUCGGAUGCUCAUGAUUCAUAUUUUAGCAACAAGAUGUCCACUGACAAUAUCUAUAGUGGAGGUAAAGAUCAGGAACAAGCAAGGGCAGGUUCUCAAGUGGAGGCAUCCCCAGCUUCUUCUCCUGCACACACACCAUCACAAGUUUCUUCUCCAAUGAAAGAGGAAGCAUCUCUUAAAAAUGUAAUUGAAAAUACAGACAUGCCACUCUAUUCACCACCAAUUCUAGAAGAAAUGCAUUUCAUGGAAGGAAAUUUAUCUCCAGGAACAGAUGUUUCUCCAUUAACUCCCACACCAUCCUCCUUAAGGCAAUCACCUGGAAUUCUGAAUACUCCAUUGGCUAGCAAGGAGCGGUCACCAUCACCAUCUUCAUAUAUGUCAUCAGAUGUACCGCUUGGUUUUGAGACCAAGACCUCCCCACAAGUAGCAAUGAAAGAACCCUGGAAUAUGCAUAACACUAAUCCAUUUGCUUAUGUGGCUGAUCAGGAUUACAGUGACCAAACAUGUGAAGCCUAUAGCUAUUCCAGUGAAGCAAAUGAUAGGUUUACUGUGGCUGAUAAGCCUUCUUUUGCAGAAGCCAGACAAGAUGUUGACCUCUGUCUAGUUUCUGCUUGUGAAUAUAAGCAUCCAAAAACAGAAAUUUCACCUUCUUUUAUUAACCCAAAUCCAUUAGAAUGGUUUGCUAGUGAAGAAAAUGCCCAAGAACAAGAAAAGCCAUUAGUACAAAUGGGAGGGGGGCAACCACCAUCAGGAGGAAAACAAAAAGCUCGCCAAUGCGAUGAAACACCACCAACUUCAGUCAGUGAGUCAGCACCAUCUCAAACAGAUUCUGAUGUUCCUCCAGAGACAGAGGAAUGUCCUUCCAUAACAGCAGAUGCAAACAUAGAUUCUGAGGAUGAAUCAGAGACCAUUCCUACUGAUAAAACAGUAUCAUACAAGCACAUGGACCCGCCUCCAAUUCCUGUCCAAGAUCCUAGCCCUUCACCACGGCACCCAGAUGUAUCCAUGAUGGACCCCGAAGCUUUGCCUACUGAGCAGAAUUUAGGCAAACCUAUGAAGAAGGAUAUAAAAGAAAAGGCAAAAACCAAGAAGGUUGGUACCAAGACGAAAUCAUCUUCCCCAGCAAGGAAGAGUGAAAGUAAAUCCAAGCUCUCUGCUACUUCACCAAAACCUGGACCCAUCAAGGAAACAUUAGAAAAGGGUUCAAAGACUGUUUCUCCGAAGAAGAAGGACUCUGUAGAUAAAGGUCCGAAGGGGGGAAUAAAUCAAGAUGUAAAAACUACAAGAUCAGACGAGAAGGAUAAAGAGACCAAGAAUGCUACAAACACAACAGCAACUAAAUCUGCAAAAACAGGAAGCACAGGAAGUGGAACCAACAAGACGUCAAAGGCAGCUGCUGUACCUCCUGGGCCACCGGUGUAUUUGGAUCUAGUAUAUAUACCAAACCACAGCAGCAGCAAAAACGUAGAUGUGGAGUUUUUUAAACGGGUCCGAUCCUCAUAUUAUGUGGUGAGUGGAAAUGAUGCUGCAGCUGGAGAACCAAGCAGGGCGGUCCUGGACUCACUUCUAGAAGGCAAAGCUCAAUGGGGAAGCAAUAUGCAGGUUACCUUAAUCCCAACCCACGAUUCAGAAGUCAUGCGGGAAUGGUACCAGGAGACCCAUGAGAAACAGCAGGACCUCAAUAUCAUGGUGCUGGCUAGCAGCAGCACAGUUGUUAUGCAAGAUGAAUCUUUCCCUGCAUGCAAGAUUGAGCUGUGAAAAGACCGCCAUGUACCCAUCCCUUAAACACAACCAAUUUUCAGAAUUGUCACAUAGAGAUUACAAAUGUCUUAUUUAAUUGCUGAACUAUUUAUUGCCCAGUGCUACCCUGUGUCAUGCCGACACCAAUGUUAAUUAUUUAAUCUCCACUCAUCUCUGCGACAAAUUACAAUGAUCCAGUUACACACCGCUGCAAGUCUACCUACACAGGUUUAAUAUACAGGUUUGUACGACAUGCGCUUCAACACCUUUAUUUAUCUUAGCCCAGGAUGGAAACAUUUCUGUUAAUUGAAAGACAAUGCGAGAGGGAAUAGGAGAGAAGAAGAACCAGUAAUAUGGAGUUUUGUUUUAUUACUGUUCUAGUAAUUCUAUGUUCUAUUUAUAUGGCGCGUUACUAUGUUAUAAUUUGCAGGUUCACUUUAGAGGCCUUCAUGCCAUUCACAGGUGGGGAGUUGAAAGCAGAUGGUCUGCUUGCAGACUUUGGAAGGGUUUAAACUCAGACUUGGCUAUUUCAUAUUUCAGCUGGACGAUCAUCAGGCAGGAGAAACAGUCCCAAGAUAUCAACUGCAAUUAUGCAUUCAGUGGUACAAUGUCGGUUUAUGAGGACUUUAACUAUUUCAGUGCUUGACUCCUCACCUUAGAGGGAAUGCUAGAAAGUUGUGCAUCUUGAGUUUGUGCCAUGCAUCCUCCUAUGAUGACAAUAAACAGUAUGCAUUAAAAUUGCUACUGUCCACAUGAAUGGGAAUAACUUCUGCACCUUUCAGUCCAACAUUUAAAAAGAAA